GGCCGGAGGGGAAGGGGAGGCGGGCAGCGCGGGAGCCGGCGGGUCGGGCGCACCGGGAAGCGGCGAAGGAGGCGGCCCGCCACCCCCGACCCCCGACCCCGGAGAGCCCGGCCUCCGCCCGGCCUGCGGGGGCACGGGGGAAAGCCCCCCAGCAUGGAGCCGCAGGUCAACCUGAGGGUGACGUUUAGGAAUGAGACCCAGAGCUUCCUGGUUUCCGAUUCGUCCCAUACGACCUGGGCCGACGUGGAGGCCAUGGUGAGAGUUUCCUUUGACCUGGAUGCCGUUCAGAUCAAAUACCUGGACGAGGACUGCGAAGAGGUCUCCGUCAACAGCCAAGGAGAGUAUGAAGAGUCCCUUAAGAUCGCCGUCCACCAAGGGAACCAACUGCAGAUGAACGUCUACGAGAAGCAGCGGGCGGCCGGGGCCCUCGCAGGUGCCCGCAGGCCAGGGGAUCAGGCCGCUCCCUGUCCUGGGAGGAAGCCGCUCGGGCACUAUUCCACACUGGCACGGGCGCUGGACCCGGGCAGGAGGCGGCGGGAGGAGGCGGUGGAGGCAGCCGAAGAGGAAGAGGAGCCAGAGGAGGAGAAGGGGCGGCAGAAGCCGGGAGCAGAGGCUGGGCUACUGGCCGGGACCUCUGCCAGACCACAGGAAAGGCCUCCGGACUGGUUCACCAGCUACUUGGAGGAAUUCCGGGAGCAGGUGGUGAAGGAGACGGUCGAGAAGCUGAGCGAGAAGCUGAGCCUGCAGAGCCUGCCGGCCCGCCCGCGCUCUGUCCCCGAGGAGGCCCCGUCACCGCUGCCUGGCCGCCCUUGUCCCUGGGCCUUUCCGGGCCCCCGCGCCAUCCCAUGCCACUGGGGCAUCCCGUGCAGCGGCUGUGGGGCCAGCCUGGUGGGCGUGCGCUACCAGUGCAGCCUGUGCCCAUCCUAUAACAUCUGUGAAUUGUGCGAAGCUGGACCCUACGGCCACGAUCCCAAUCACGUCCUCCUGAAGCUACGGCGACCACCCUCGAGGGGUGCCGGGGGGCCGUCCCCCACCUCCCUGCCCCACCUCCUCGUGCCCCCGGAACCACCGCGCCCCCCAAAGGCAACCGACCGCAGCUCACGGAAGGCCGAGAAGCGGCGUCUGCGGGCGGAGAAGAAGCAGCGAGAGGCCGAGGUCAAGGAGCUGCGGAAGCAGCUGAAACUGCAUCGCAAGAUUCACCUGUGGAGCUCGGGCUCCGGUCUGCCUGGACCUGGGGCCCUGCUGACCAAGAUGGACUAUCUGCCCCCAGCCGGCCCCAUCCUGGUCCCCCUGCAGCCGUGCCCGGCAGUGGGGCCGACGCUCAGCGCGGUGUUCGUGGACGAGAAUCUGCCGGAUGGCACCCACCUGCAGCCCGGGACCAAGUUUGUUAAGCACUGGCGGAUGGAGAACACCGGGAGCGUCCAGUGGAGCGCGGACACCAAGCUGACGCUCCUGUGGGGAAACCUGAGACUGGCGGGCUCGGACCUGAAGGAGGUGGCGGUCCCCUGCCUGAGGAGCGGCCACGUGGGCAUCGUGUCCGUGGAGUUCAUAGCCCCGGGCCUGGAGGGCACGUACACAUCACACUGGCGCCUGGCCCAUCGCGGGCAGCAGUUUGGGCCCCGCGUCUGGUGCAGCGUCAUCGUGGACCCUCGCCAGCCGGAGGAAGCUGUGGGCCCCGUUGGGUGCGGCCAGGGUAGCGGCCGAGCAGGACGGCCGGCGGAUGCAGCGUCUCCCAGGGGCACUAGUGACCGGGAGCUGUACAUUCCCUCCGUCGACCUCCUCACCGCCCAGGACCUGCUGUCUUUUGAGCUGCUGGACAUCAACAUUGUGCAGGAGCUGGAGCGUGUACCCCACAACACCCCCGAGGACACGACUCCCUGCUUGUCUCCGCUGCCACACGGCAGCCUGGCAGUCGGGCAGCCAGGCCAGGGGCAGGCCCUGGAAGCAAGUGGAGGGGCGGCGCUUAGCGCCCGACCAGAGCCUGAAGAAUCCCAGGAAGGCCCUGGGAGUCCCCCACCCUUGGAGGAGGUGGAGGAGGACUUGAGUGGGAGCCAGUUUGUCUGUGAGACCGUGAUCCGCUCCCUUACCCUGGACGCCGCCCCAGACCACAGCCCACCCCUCAGGAGCAGGCCGCUGGCCACGAGUGUCGAUUCCUAUCUCCCUGUCUCCGCGUCCACGGCAGCUCCACCAAGCCAGGCCCUGCUCACUUCCCUCCAGCUGCUGCCCGAAGGCAUUGACCCCGACAUUCAGAGGGAAGAUGACGCUUGCACAGCCUCCCGGCCUCCAGUCGAAAUGGGAGAGAGAGAUGCUCUGCCUGCAGAGGGACCACACGGGGAGGAUGGGGCUGGGGAUGAGCUGGAGGAAGAGGAGGAGGAGGGUGACGAUGAGGAGGACCUCAUGGAGGUGGGAAGCCAAGGGUCCUCAGACUCCACCGACGAUUACAUCAUCAUCCUGCCUGAGUGUUUCGACACCAGCCGCCCCCUGGGCAAGUCGGCCGGCGUCAGCGGAGCGUCGCCCCAGGCUGGGCCCACCCAAGAGGCGGCCGGGCCCGCCCGAGAGGCCGCUGGACCCACCCGAGAGGCGGCUGCACCCACCCUAGAGACCGCUGGGCCCUGGGAGACUUCGUCGUCGUCAUCAUCCCUUCCGCCGUGUCCCGGAGUCGAGAGCCAGCUUCAGGAGCCCAGCAUUGGUGACGGCUCGGCCCGACUGGGGCCUCUGGGGCCUGAAUCGUCGCUGGCUCCGCCCAGGAGUCCCCCUCGGAGCCCCACGGCUCGCGUGGACGCCGUCAGCGACCACAGCAGCGAUGCCGAUGCCAACACUACAGCCGACGUGGCCACCUCGACUCUUAGAGGGGAAGAACACGGCGGUACGGACUCCCACGACCCCGGGGAGGCCUGGCAGGUGCACCCUGACCACCUGAGGACCCAACCCGAGAGGAGCCUGGCCGGCGGACUGGUCAAGGGAGCGCUGUCCGUGGCCGCCUCAGCGUACAAAGCCCUGUUUGCCGGGCUGCCCCUCCCCGUGCAGCCCCCUGUGAGCGAGGAGCAGACGGCCGUGCUCCUGGCCCACCUGUUUGAGAUGGGCUUCUGCGACCGGCAGCUGAACCUGCGCCUGCUGCGGAGACACAACUACAGGCUCGCGCCGGCCGUGACCGACCUGCUGCAGGCCAGCCACAACGACUGGGCCGCACAACGAUUCUGAGCACCUUGGCCCGGUCCGUGGUGGCCCGGUCCGUGGCCACCCGGCCCAUGGUUUCUCCCCAUUCCCGAAUGUCCCAUUAAAUAACUCAGCCCGCUGCGUGAUGA